AUGAAAUUUCCUAUUGUGGAACCAGAUCCUGGUCAUACAAAACUUCGUCUUUCAAGGGAAGGGUUGGAGGCCAUUGAAAGAAUAACAACUCCAAUUGCAGCUGUUGCCGUUAUUGGGCCAUAUCGCUCUGGAAAAUCUUUUUUGCUCAACCAACUGCUCUCCCUUUCUUGUUAUGAAGGGUUUGGUGUUGGACACAUGCGUGACACAAAGACAAAAGGAAUUUGGGUAUGGGGAACCCCAGUAGAAAUGGAUAUUAAUGGAGUAAAAACUUCUGUGUUUUAUCUUGAUACUGAGGGAUUUGAAAGUGUUGGGAAGUCAAACGUAUAUGAUGACCGGAUUUUUGCUCUGGCAACUGUCAUGAGUUCUGUCCUUGUUUAUAACCUGGCUGAGACGAUCCGUGAAGCUGACAUUGCUCGGUUGUCAUUUGCUGUUGAGCUUGCUGAAGAAUUUUAUGGAAGAGUGAAGGGACAAGAUGUUGCUUUUGAACCUGCAAAGCUAUUGUGGCUUAUCCAGCGUGAUUUUUUGCAAGGGAAAUCUGUGGAAGACAUGGUGCAUGAAGCUCUCCUUCAUGUCCCUAACAGUGAUGGCAACAAGAAUAUUGAUAUGGUCAACCAGAUCCGAGAUUCUUUGGCUAUUAUGGGUGAUAAUAGCACAGCCUUCAGUUUACCACAACCUCACCUUCAACGAACUAAACUCUGUGACAUGAAGGAUGGUGAACUUGACCCGAUGUAUGUUAAAAAAAAGGAACAGCUAAAACAACUUGUUGCUAGUAUCAUCCGUCCAAAGAUUGUGCAGGGAAGACCUCUAAACGGAAAGGAGUUUGUAUCUUUUCUGGAGCAGAUUCUUGAAGCCUUGAACAAGGGGGAGAUCCCAUCAACAGGCUCUCUGGUGGAGGUAUUCAACAAGGGUAUUCUUGAGCGAUGUUUAAAGCUAUACAAUGAAAGGAUGGCAAAAUUGACUUUACCUCUUAUAGAGCAAUCUUUGCAAGAAUACCAUGAAAGGUCCCUGGAGGAAGUGAUGAAACUUUUUGAGGAGCAACAUUUUGGCCGUCACCAUGCAAAGAAAUCAGUCGAGCAACUAGAAGAAGAAAUAGAAAAGGUGCAUAAAAAUGUGAUCAUGGCAAAUGAAUAUCGGUCUUCAAAGCUCUGUGAGGCAUUGUAUACCAGAUGUGAGGAUAAAAUGGACCAACUUCAAGUUCUCAGACUUCCUUCCAUGGCAAAAUUCAAUGCAGGAUUCCUGCAGUGCAACCAAAGUUUUGAGCAAGAGUGUGUUGGACCUGCAAAAACAAACUAUGAGCAUCGAAUGAUGAAGAUGUUGGGGAAGUCACGGUCUCUAUUUAUAAAAGAAUACAAUCACAGGCUCUUCAAUUGGUUGGUCGCCUUCUCCCUUGUCAUGGUGGUCGUUGGCAGGUUUAUUAUAAAGUUUAUUUUGAUCGAAAUCGGGGCCUGGGUCCUCUUCAUCUUCUUAGAGACAUACACGAGGAUGUUUUGGUCUGCAGAGUCUCUUUACUACAACCCAGUUUGGCAUGUAAUAGUGGCCACUUGGGAAACACUUGUUUACAGCCCCGUCCUUGAUCUGGACAGAUGGGCUAUACCAGCUGGUGUCAUAGUAGCUCUGUUUGUACUAUAUUGGCGGUGUAACGGAAGAAGGAAACACGGGUCUUCAUGGUUACUACCUCUGUACAAUAGUAACAAAGGCGGUCCGAAUCGGCCAAGAUCAGACUAA